AUGAUCUCACCUGUGGGAGCUUUCCUCGUCCUCACCGGCCUGGUCUCUGGCGUUCUGGGCCAGGACAAUUUGGGUUUGGGUAACGGCUACAUCACGCUUAACACCCGCAACUUUAACGUCCAACUCGUCCGCAAUGCCCAGGUCCUUGCAUCUCUCAAACCCGCCGGAGAUGCGUUUGACUUUCUCCCUUUCGAUUACCUUCCCCAGCGCGCCCGGAAUGGUCAGUACCACUGGGGUGAUAUCACCUUCCGUUACCGCCAAUCGGGUACCACGACAUGGACCAACGGCGACUCCGCAGCGGCCCGCCAGCCCGUCACGGCCGUAACGGCCGGCUCCGGCGUCCUUGCCUCAUCCCGUCUCGGCCCCACCCUGCCGAACGGCCCGCUCAACAUCACCCGUGAGUGGCUCGACGUCUCGGGAGAUCUCGGUCUGCGGUUCACGAUCCAAAACUCCGGGUCUUCAGCAAUCGAGAUUGGCAGCCUGGGCUUCCCCGCCGAGUUCAACAGCAUCUUCACCGACCGUCACGCCACGGACAUGCAGCGCCUCUGCUCCCUCUCGGAUCCGUACAUCGGCAUGCACGCCGGACAGAUCCGCGUUGCGCCUAUCCGCGGCACGGGUGCUGCUCUUGUUGUGACCCCUCUCGGCGACACGCCUCUUGAAGCCUACCGCAACCUCCGGGAGGGCAGCUACCCCGGUACAUACUACGGCAGCCAGACUUUUGAGGGCUUCUACGAGUGGCAGGUCCUCAGCAAGGCGUGGGCGGAGAACGAGUGGCGUGCCCAGACCCCUUGGAACGCGCCUUCGUCCCGGACACUCCAGCCGGGCCAGUCCCUCCAAUUCGGCGUGCGCUUCUCCGUUGCGAAGGGCGGUGUGCGUGAGCUCGACGCCACCGUCAGAGGCACCGGGACGCCCACUGCUGUCGGCGUUCCCGGCUACAUCAUCCCCCGUGGCGAGCCCGCCCAGCUCUUCCUGCAGUCCCAGUCCGGAGUCAGGUCCAUCGCCUCCGAGCCCGCCGGGGCGCUCACCGUAAGCCUCGUCUCCGGCACCCGGUACACCGUCACGCCCGCCGCCAACGCGUGGGGCCGCGUCCGUCUCACGGUAACAUACGCCGACAACAAGGUGCAGACCAUCCACUACUACGUCACGAAGACAUCUACGGAAACCGUAGCGAACCUGGGCAACUUCCUGACGACGGCUCAGUGGUUCACCGACACGUCGGACCCCUUCGGACGCGCAUCAUCGGUCAUGACGUACGACUACGAGACCAAGUCCAUCGUCACGCAGGACUCGCGCGCAUGGGUCGCGGGACUCAGCGACGAGGGCGGCGCGGGCGCGUAUCUGUCGGCCUUUAUGAAGCAAGCCAUCCAGCCCAACGCCGCGGAAGUCGCGAAGCUGGAGGAGUUCGUCGACAAGGUCCUCUGGAAGACGAUCCAGACGUCCGACUUUGGCGUGCGGAAGAGCAUCUUCUUCUACGAGCCCGCGGCCGUCCCGUCGUACAGAUACAGCACCAGCAUCGACUGGACGAGCUGGACGUCCUGGAACAGGGCGGCGGCGUACUCCGUCGACCGCGCGUACAACUACGUGCACGUCGCCGGCGCGUACUGGUCGCUGUACCGCGUCGCGAGGGCGUACCCGGACCUCGUCAGGAGCCACAACUGGGACUGGUACCUCAACCAGGCAUACAGCACCGUCAUCAGGGGCAUGCGGAACGACGUCGGGUACAACCGCGUCGGCCUCAUGGGCGAGACGGUGUUUGGGGAGAUUCUGACCGACUUGAUCCGCGAGGGGCAGACCAGCAAGGCCAACACGUUGUCGAACAGCAUGCGAUCGCGCGCCACGCAGUGGAACAACGAAGAGGUGCCGUUCGGAAGCGAGAUGGCGUGGGACUCGACAGGCCAGGAGGGCGUCUACUACUGGGCCAAGUACUUUGGCUUCACCAACACGGUCACCAAGUCCGUCAACAGCGUCCUCGGUUUCAUGCAGACCGUCCCCCACUGGGGCUGGAACGGUAACGCCCGCCGCUACUGGGAUAACAUCUACGGGGGUAAACUCCGCCGCAUCGAGCGACAGAUCCACCACUACGGUUCCGGCCUCAACGCGCUCGUCCUGCUCUCCGCGUUCCGCUCCUCGCCAACGGACACGUACCUCAUCCGCACAGGCUACGGCGGCACGACGGGCCCGCUGUCCAACAUCAACCAGGACGGCUUCGCCGCGGCGUCUUUCCACUCGUGGCCCGACACGCUGAAGUGGGACGGCAUCAGCGGCGACUACGGCCCCGGGUUCCUCGGCCUGGCGCUCGGGUCCGGCACGUACGUGGCGCAGGACGCGGACGUGGGACUGGUGGCGUUCGGCGGCGUGCUGAGCUCCUCCGGCAGCACGGUCAGCGUCGUGACCAAGGACGCCGUGCGUAGGAAGGUGUUCAUCGGACCCUUGGGCGUGUACAUCACCGUGGACGCCGGCAUCAUCCGCGAGUUCAGCUAUGACGCCGGGUCGCGGUCGAUUUCCGUUACGCUGUCGCAGUUGGAUAACGUGCCCAAGGCGGCGAGCGCCGUCAUCUGGGUCGAGUCGACGGCCGGCGGGGGUAACUUUAGAGUGACGACGUCGGGUAUCAACCAGGCGCGCGGGGGAUGGCAGGUGCCUUUGUCCUCUGCGAGUGUGGUUGUCCAGCUUGGUCCAGCUUAG